AUGGAAGAACUUACAGCGUUCGUCUCCAAGUCUUUUGACCAGAAAGUGAAGGAGAAGAAGGAGGCGAUCACGUACCGGGAGGUUCUGGAGAGCGGGCCGCUGCGUGGGGCCAAGGAACUGACCGGCUGCGCGGAGCCGGGCCGCGAAGACCGCAGCAGCCCGGCAGUCCGGGCGGCCGGCGGAGGCGGUGGCAGCGGAGGCGGAGGCGGAGGCGGAGGAGGCGGAGGAGGCGGAGGAGGUGCAGGAGGAGGAGGAGGAGCAGGCGGAGGAACAGGAGGAGGGCGCUCUCCGGUCCGAGAGCUGGACAUGGGCGCCGCGGAGAGAAGCAGGGAGCCGGGCAGCCCGCGGAUCACCGAGGUGUCCCCGGAGCUGAAGGAUCGCAAAGAGGAUGCGAAAGGGAUGGAGGACGAAGGCCAGACCAAAAUCAAGCAGAGGCGAAGUCGGACCAAUUUCACCCUGGAACAACUCAACGAGCUGGAGAGGCUUUUUGAUGAGACCCACUACCCAGACGCCUUCAUGCGCGAGGAACUGAGCCAGCGGCUGGGACUGUCCGAGGCCCGAGUGCAGGUUUGGUUUCAAAAUCGAAGAGCUAAAUGUAGAAAACAAGAAAAUCAACUCCAUAAAGGCGUCCUCAUAGGGGCUGCCAGCCAGUUUGAAGCUUGUAGAGUUGCACCCUAUGUCAAUGUAGGUGCUUUAAGGAUGCCAUUUCAACAGGAUAGUCAUUGCAACGUGACGCCCUUGUCCUUUCAGGUUCAGGCGCAGCUGCAGCUGGACAGCGCCGUGGCGCACGCGCACCACCACCUGCAUCCGCACCUGGCCGCGCACGCGCCCUACAUGAUGUUCCCGGCACCGCCCUUCGGACUGCCGCUCGCCACGUUGGCUGCGGACUCAGCCUCCGCCGCCUCGGUCGUGGCGGCUGCAGCUGCUGCCAAGACCACCAGCAAGAACUCCAGCAUUGCCGAUCUCAGACUGAAAGCCAAAAAGCACGCGGCCGCCCUGGGCCUGUAA